AACUGAGGCUAAACAAAUACAGAUGAACCUCAGAGCACAUUCACAAAAAAUACUGGCAAUUUUGGAUGGUUCAGAAGACGCUCGGAAUCCACGGGAGCAACACGCGCCUGCACAUGCAGUCUAUUCUUGUUGUUAUAUAUAGGCCUAGUAAGCUUGUUGAUGCAUAUCUAUCAUUACAAUCAGGGUGUUGCAUUGCAACGGGACCUGUCCGACUAUGUUAUAUUGAUUCAAUUACAAUAGAAUAUUAUUAUUCGUACUGUUGCGCAAUAUUGCUACCUACAUAUUUCGUGUAUAAGCCAGUGGCACUGUUGGUUUUCAAUUGUGCAUAGUGCGUAUUUGUGUUGAAAUGAGGAAUCCACAUCUACUCAGCGAUGGCUGGAAAACAAUCAAUGCAAAGGAUGCAACUGGGAAUAAAAAGUUUAAACGAAAAGGUCGGGACCCAAAACGUGUCACCAGUGAAGAAGUCCAAAGUUUCGAGCAUGAUUUAAGAAUGGAAGACGACUCUAUGGGGGAACUGAUGGAAGAGACAUGUAGGAACCGUGUCCAGAAAAGACUGCAGAACCCUGGUACAGCUUUAUCUGUGGAGAAAUCGAUCAUUUCAUCUGAAAACCCGAAUAUUGCUAUUGACAUGAGGAUAAAUGCUUUACCAUCUACAGUUACUGGGACGCUCCCAUCACAGUCGCAGCCUUUUUCCGAGUCAACAUCAACAAGCAGAGACUCUUUUCACAGCACAUUCCCACAGGUUACAAGUUAUGACCAUCAACAGUCAUUUGUGUCUGAUCACACGUUACAGUCCCGGAUCGUCCUGUGCAAGCGCUCCGAGAGGUCCCUCUCCUCAGCUUCUCAGGCGUCCUACAUCAAUAGCAGCGACAUGGUGGAAUCGCCAAGGAAACGGCUGGGAGAAACGUCUGGCGUCAUCACUGAGAUCAGAGCGGUUCAGCAGACACGGAGGCUACUGGCGAAUGCCAGAGAGAGGACCCGGGUGCAUACCAUCAGUGCAGCCUUUGAGGCGCUGAGAAAGCAGGUGCCCUGCUACUCCUAUGGACAGAAGUUGUCAAAGCUGGCUAUAUUAAGAAUCGCCUGCAACUACAUCCUGUCGCUGGCUCAGCUUGCAGACCUGGACUACACCCCAGAUAACGGCAACAUGAGCUUCAGAGAGUGUGUGGAGCAGUGCACCCGCACCCUGCAGGCCGAGGGACGCUCCAAGAAGAGAAAGGACUAAAAUCAGUGGAGCGAGCCAGACGUCUUAACAAGGCCCUUGAAAUAAAGAAACUCUUCACAUCUCUUAUUGUGGUUCUUCAAGGCCACUCCUGGGAGGGGACUACAAUCAAGCACUUAGACAUGCGAUGGACCUAAUUUCAUAGGUCUACUUG